GCAGUCAUGCUGCAGUUGCUCUCAUUCUGGUGUCCUCUCCUUGAGAGCUGCCCUCGUGGAGACCUUUCAGACCGUGGUCAGAGAAUAUAACACCCAGAAGAGGACCGAGCACCGUCAAUAAGACACCGAUCUCUACUAAAGCUGACGAUGGACGUAUUGCACUGAAUCCCUUUUGGUAAGAAGAAAAGCUACAGCGGGCAAUUGUGGUUCACACGUGUCCACUCAACAGCACGAUGUCUGGAGAGGGCAAAGGUGAUGCUGCAGGCAGUGUGUGCCCAAUAGACUCUGAGUUUCGCUACAGCCUCUUCACCGUUUUCUAUAGCAUCAUUUUCAUUCUGGGCUUUGUUGCCAACUGCUACGUGCUCUGGAUUUUCAGCCGUAUUUACCCCACCAAGAAACUCAAUGAAAUCAAGAUAUUUAUGCUGAACCUGACAGUAGCUGACCUGCUCUUCCUGGUUACGAUGCCACUGUGGAUUGUUUACUAUCACAACCACGGGAACUGGAUCAUGCCCAAGUUCCUCUGUAGUGUGGCUGGCAGUUUAUUUUUCGUGAACACCUAUGCUUCUGUCGCCUUCCUGAUGGUCAUUACAUACAACCGUUACCAAGCUGUGACAAAUCCCAUUAGAGCAGCUCAGUUUACCACACAGAGAAGGGGUAUCUUUCUAUCAGCAGCCAUCUGGAUCAUAACAGUGGGCAGUGCUUUGUAUUAUAUUUUUGAUGAUAAUACGAAUGUGGAGAAAAUUGACUCAAUUAAUUAUACACGUUGCUUUGAGCGCUAUGACUCUACUGGCAACGUUACACCUGUUCUUGCCAUUCACAUCAUCAUCUGCACCCUCUUCUACGUCAUUUUCCUAUUUAUCCUGACCUGGAACAUCAUCAUUAUCAGAACCCUGUUCUCCAAAUCAGGGCAGCAGCGGAAGAGCGCUCAUGUCAAGCAAAGGGCGCUCUGGAUGGUUUGCACUGUGCUGGUUGUGUUCAUCAUAAGCUUUGUGCCUCAUCACAUUGUGGACCUGCCCUGGACACUGACUGUUCUGGAGCAAUGGAAGAAGGAAAACUGUCACUUGCGCCAGCAGCUCAAUGAUGCUCACCAGGUGACUUUGUGCCUCUUGAGUAUGAACUGCGUGUUGGACCCAGUCAUCUACUGCUUCCUCACCAAGAAGUUCCAGAAGCACGUAUCACAAAAUCUGAAAAGCAUGAAAGGGAGUCGCAAGUGCUCCAGGCAAACCACAGAUACGGUGAUUGAGGGCACCAUUCACCAAGAGGAUGCCAUUGGGUUCUAGGUCAGUCAGUUUCGAUUGCAGAGACUGAGUUGCAUGAAUGAGUCACUCAUCUUUUCACAAACGAAGGCUCAGAGGGACAUGUCAGGACCCGGAUAUUACUUUUCGUUUUUUCCUGUUAGAAGAAUGAAUGCUCAUUUGUGACAGGACAAGGCAAUGUGCACAAACUGGAACACAGGAGGUUCCCCCUGAACAUCAGGAAGAACUUUUUAAUGUGAGGCUGAUGGAACACUGGCACAGAUUGCCCAGAGAAUCUCCUCCUUGGAGAUCUUCAUAAGCCACCUGGAUGUGCUGGGCAAGAGGCUCUGGAUGUCCCUGCUGAAGCAGGGGUUGGAUCAGAUGGACUCAGAAGUCCCUUCCAACCUCUGUCAUUCUGUGGUUUCUUCUAUCACUCUCAACUAGCAGAACUGAAACUUGUAAAAAUCUGUGAGAAAAGCACCUUCUGUCUAUGUUGUGGGCACUGACAGCAGCUUGGGCAAUCUGCUUCUACCUGAAAGAAAUGCAGUGAGUGUCUGCAAUGAGCAAAGUACACUGGGAUUACCCAUUAUGUCAGCCCUGAUAGCUCCAUGACUUUGCCUGCUCAGCUUCCAGGAAAAGUCCAGUAUCAGAACUGUAAGACUUGUAAACAACCUGGUGGAAUGUGCUGAGCUGCUAACAUAAUCAAAUAGCAUUUCUGAGCAGCUGUUAUGAACUUUGUUCACAGCUUUUCUAUCAGACAAGUAGCUGGACAAAGGCAACACAAGGAAGAGAAAUUGGCAGUGCCUAAGCCCCCAUCCCAAAUCAGCUCCCCAAAGGGGGCUGCUGUCUGCCCUGGUUUCUUGCAUGAUUGCAGAACUGGAAAGUAAGUUGCCUCUUGCAUUCAGACUGAUAGUUUUUGGCUGGCUGGUAAUUUUGUGUCUGUGGAGAUCCCACCUCAUUUUGGAUGCUCUGGGUAACAGAAGACUGCUGUCAGCAAGGGCAUUUUUAGGAGGAGACAACAAAACUUCAAAUGCUUCCCUAUCUUUGUUCUUAUUUAUUUAAAUGAGGAUUGUAAAAAGCAACUGUGCAUUGUCCUUCCUCUAGCCUUUUUAUUUCUGCUAUGAAGAAAAGAAGCUGACUGGUUCUUGAUAAUCUACCACAAAUGAAGUAUUAGGUUGGAUCAUGGCACUGUCUGAGUAAACCAGUGAUGCAUAGUGAUGCAGUGCACUUUGCAGAGAUGUAAUAUAUACAAUUGCGAAAGACUUGAGACUCCUCACUCAGGGCUGGCAGCAGCCAGUAGGGCCCUAGGGCAGUUUUCCAGGGGUGCCUAUUUCUGUUACAAGUCAUGGGACAAUUGAGGCUUCUUUUUCUGACUGUAAUUACUCAAUCCAGUACAGGAAACUGGGCAGGGCGAGGAGGGAAGCUACUUGUUUUUAACAAUCAUUUUUUGGUUCCUCAAACUACAUGGGAGAGUGUGGCUGUUAAUAUAAGAAAAGUCCAUCUGAUAUGGCAAUACUCGUGAUUCAUAUGCGUUGUCAGCAGCCUUUGUAUGCCCACCAGUUAUGAGGAGAAGGUGAAAGAUGAGCUGAAGUCUUUCCAAAGAUAGGACCUACAUUACUAUCAGACCUGUCUGUUUCAGUGGAGAUGGGUGUCCUUCAGCUGUAUCCCCUGCAGCUCCUCAAGCAGCUUUUGUGCUUAUAUGUGUAAAUGAGCAAAAGAACUAAAAUGUUUUGUUUUCUUAAUGCCAUCUCUGGUGGUGAGCUGUGCACUCCAGAUCCUGUCCCAGGCAGAGAGCAGAACGUGAUCAUAAGCCAAGUGUGUUCCCUCCUGGUUCUGUACUCUACUCCAGUAUGGUCACUCACAAAGAAUACCUGCUGGCAUCUCUUUGCAGACUUUUUCCUGGCCACGUCCCUCAGCCACGCUCAAAGCUUUGAUCCAUAUCUGCAGUCACUCAGUGCACAGCAAGGAUCACAAUACUUCAUCUAAAAGCCUAAAUCCUGGCAGCUGGAGGAAUGUGCUUCUGUAUUUUUGCCCUCCCGAGCUGGCGCAUUCAGGCUGAGAUGCUCUUCCAGCUGGCAAAGCUUUUCUCUUCAUCACCCAUGUGACAGUAGAUCUCACUUGCUUCACAGCCACCAAAGCACUCAACAGCUCGAGUUUGGCAACUCUUGGAGGAAAUGGAAAGGGAUUAUUUUGUAUAGAAAUGUGUAUGUGUGGUCUUCUUCUAUAGAUUACUGGGAAACUUGCAGCAGAGUGUACCAUUUGGACUACUUACUGUUUGUAAAUAUAGAAAACAAAUACUCCACAGCAACCAACUGUACGGCAAGCGUGAGUUCAAGAGAACAAAUGUAAACUUGCUUCUAAGGGGAAGGGUAAGCGGUGAAAGAACUCUGAGGACACUUCACAAGAUUAUGUUGCAAUAAUUAAGUCAGCAAAAAGGCAUUUUAAAAGAACUUUGACCCUCUACUUCUGUUCCUGGAAUUACGCGUUUUACAGCAGUGCUGCAGGACGUGGUUUUGAUUCGCAGUGAAAGGAAUCCUCAAACGUUCUUCUAAAUAAAGCGCUGCCUUUAAGAUCUCCUCUCUUCUCCUCUUUCUGUAUGUACACUUAAAUGCUCUGAUACCACACAAAGUCGAUUUGAUGGCUAUUCGUGUUCCUUUUGUUUUUGUUUUCUGUCCAUCACCGCAUGAAUCCUCAGGAAAGAUGACACUAAGGGCUCAGCAAGUUUUUACCUGUUAAAACAAACACAAUUUCUGAAGCAUGUUUGAGGUGCCAAGAAGCCAACCUGACAAAACCCCCCACUGGUGACCUACACACACGGGACAUUUUCCACACGCACCCCAUCUUGCGGCUUUAACACUCAGGCCGAACAAUGACAAGUUAUUUCAUAUAACUGCUAUCGCAACGCCUGUACCAAGAGAAAACAGAGAAAGAAGCGCGGCACAGCGCUAAAGACUCCACCGCAGCCCCUCCUCCCCUCAGCCGCCCCUGGCGCGCACGGUACCGGCCCUCGGGGUGACGGUGACGUCACUUCCGGUACCUCCGCGUUCUGCUUCCGGGUCGUGCUGCGGCUGCGGAGCCGUGGGGCCGCCGCUGCCAUGUCGGAUGCGGGACGCGUUCCCGGGCGCGGCUGUGGGGCCGCUUCUCGGUUUUUAUUCCGAGUCUUCCCCAGUUAAUAAAGACGGAGAGAGAGAUUGAGCGUAGAGAGCAGCAAACAAUCCAGCAGAUCUCACAGCAAAGGCUUUGAAGACUGCCGAGGAGGACACGAUUUGAAUCAUUGAAGCAUUAAAAUAGUAAUACCCAUGGAAGAGCCACAAGAUUUACCCGAGCAACCAGU